AGGCGAGCGUUUGCGAUUAUGAGAAAGGCCUUUUUCGUGAUUUAAAACACGACUUUUCUGGACGUUGCUUGCAUCAAUCUGUUCUUUCGUUGGUUGCCGACUAUUUUCCGGUCGUAUUCUCCAUGCCCACACUGAUUCAUUCGUUCACGCGUUUAAUUUUUGUUCGGG